CAUGCUCAAGUGGAUUCUGCACGACUGGGGCGACGAGCGGUGCCUGUCGAUCCUGCGGCACAUCCGCGCCGCCGCGGCGGGCGGCGCCGUCGGGCGGCCGCCGCGGCUGCUCGUCGUCGAGAAUUUCCUGCCCGAGAGCGCCACCGCGCGGGAGGCGGGCAUGUGGGUCAUGUACGGCGGCCGCGACAGGACCAUCGCCGAGUACGGAGAGCUCUUGCAGGCGGCCGGCUUCGUGGUCGGGCGCACGACCAGACUGGGGGAGCAUUGGGUCGCCAUCGAGGCCAGCGUCGGGCCGCCGUAGCUCCCAGGGCUGCGCACCUGCGGCCGAGGUCGCGCAGAGGUCCCAGGGCAGCAGAAGCGCGUCUUUUACGCAUGUCCCCUUCCUCCUCCCUUUCCUCCUCCAUGUGCCUCUCUUCUCUUUUUCAAAGUUAGUUUUCCAUGCACGCCACCUAAGUUUCCACCGCUGUUUCACUCCCGCCGAUGCGCCGUCCAGGCGCUUCUCGUUGUUUGCCAUGCGCCCCUGGACCUUCAGAUGUGAUGGCACUGUGGGUGCAAAAUGUGUGCGUGAAUACUUGGCUUGCUUUUCCUGGGUUUCGCCGGGUGGUCACCGUGGGGGCGCCUUGUGGCUGCUUUUACGUUGGUUAGUUCCCCACAUGCUUCGUGGGGUUCUGGUUUUCUUCCUUGCCGCGCCGCACCCGCGACAUUCACCUC